CAGCCGUCCGGGCUGGUGAGUCGUCCAGUGCGUGUAUACAUAUUAAUACACAUAUAUGUGUGUGUGUCCAGACGCUUGUAGUGUGGUGCUGACCGCCAUUGGAGAAGGAUCAGCGGCUUUCUUCUCUGUUAUUUCUGACUAACGGUAUUGCAGCUGUUGGUGGCGAGAGAUGAUAGGCAACAUGUGUACGACACUGUCACUACCCGUGCUUGUCACCUGUCUGUUAUUGCUGUCUCAGGAGGGCAACACCCUGAACCACGACGAAGGAACAGCAGAAGAAAGGAGCGUUGAAAACAACGAAGAACAAGGCAAACAAUAUGGAGGACACGAAGCCAACGUUCCGGACGGACAAAGUCGAGACCCAGGAUCAAGGCGCUUCCGCCCCUCAAGGGUACCCCGUGGAGCCGGUGGUGGGGGUCUUGUUGGGGGUGGCGCAAGUGCAGGUCUGGUGGGCGGCGGGCAGGUACUGAGCCAGCUGUCUGGCCUCAGUGCUCUGGCCGGACCUCAUGUUGGUGGCGGCGGCGGAGGCCAUGGUGGUGGUGGUCAUGGCGGCGGCCAUGGCGGACAUGGUGGCGUUCAUGGUGGCCAUGGUUUCGGCGGCGGUCAUGGUGGCCAUGGUUUCGGCGGCGGCCAUGGAUUCGGCGGCGGCCAUGGUUUCGGCGGCGGCCAUGGUUUCGGCGGCCUCGGCCAUGGUUUCAACGGCCUCGGCCAUCAUGGUGGCGGUGGGCAUCACGGCGUUGGUCAUCAUGGUGGCGGUCGUCGAGGAAGCGGUUUCGGAGGUCUGGGCUUCGGAGGCCUGGGCAUAUUUGGUGGCUUCGGCCGGGGUGGCAACAGACUCAACAGAAGGCGUCGUCCUCCCUUCUCUAGAGACUGCUUUAGAUAUUGGUAUUGGUGUGAGUAACAUCACCAGCGAUGUGGGUUAAUGGGACCCUGUCUGGCCAGACCCUGCGUACUCAUCAGUUGGUCCCUGGGACGUUUUUUUUCCAUCACCUGAGUAUUCAUCAACUGGUCCGCUGGAGGUCAGGGAUGAGGCAUGUCCGGGAGUGUGUAGCAGUCCGAUGUAGACGUGUGAGAUCUGUGCAUAUACCGUGUAACUAGGACCAUGUGGAACUGGGCCUUGUGUCCAGUCCUACGAAACUUGGAUACAAUGUUUACUGUAAAUGUUGCCAUUACUUAAGAAGUUAUGCUGUUUAACUAUUGUACCAUGUUGCCACUGUAACGUGGACUUCACUAUUAGGAUAAAAGCUUUUUUGUAAAGAGAUUAGAGAAUUGUUAUAUUUUUAACUUCUUUAUAAUGAAUCAUCGUUAUUCUAUGUAUAACCAUUCCCUAAAUAUGUAUAAUA